GUGGGUGGGAGGGAGGACAGUGGAAGAAGUGGGACAGUCGCUCUUGAGCAUCAAAGAAGAUUCUCUGUCCUCAGUCUGAAUUUCUGUUUAGAAAAGAAGCACAAAGUGAUCCCUUCCAGACCACUCAUCCUUGGUGGCAGCUUUUGGGUGUGCUGGAAGCAAACUGCAUGUCUCCUCCCUGCUGCCAUGCUCCUGGCUUGACCCAGAGGGCAAGAAGAAAUGAUGGCGUUGACACCCAAUAGGACUGGGGUGCUCAUGGACUUCUGUUGCUAAACCCCUAUUUACUACCCCCUUUCUCUUUCCUCUGCCCCCAAUUUUCCUUUUGCUGUGGUCCUGGAAUUUGUAUUUUUUGUUGCUUUUUUUUUUUUUCUUUUCUCCUUUUUUUUCCUUUUUCUUUUUUGGCCUGAUGAGGGCACCACUGCAGACCAUGAUGUGCCUGGGGUUGUGGGCAGCUGCCCUGCUCUGCUUGUUUUCCCCCGGCACUGUGCGAGGUGACUGCUGGCUGAUCGAGGGGGACAAAGGUUAUGUGUGGCUGGCCAUCUGCAGCCAGAACCAGCCCCCGUACGAGACCAUCCCCCAGCACAUCAACAGCACGGUGCAUGACUUGCGUCUCAAUGAGAAUAAGCUCAAAGUGGUGCUGUACUCCUCCCUCAACCGCUUCGGCAACCUGACCGACCUGAACCUGACCAAGAACGAGAUCUCCUACAUCGAGGAUGGGGCUUUCAUGGGCCAGACAAACCUCCAGGUCUUGCAGCUGGGCUACAACAAACUCACAAACCUGACAGAGGGCAUGUUGAGGGGCAUGGCCCGGCUCCAGUUCCUAUUCGUGCAGCACAACCUGAUAGAGCUGGUCACCCCUACUGCCUUCUCCGAGUGCCCCAGCCUGAUUAGCAUCGACCUGUCGUCGAACCGUCUCAGCCGCCUGGAAGGCAACACGUUCACCAGCUUGAGCAAUCUGAUGGUGUGUGAGCUGGCAGGCAACCCCUUCAACUGUGACUGUAGCCUCUACAGCUUUCUUAACUGGCUGGCGCUCUUCAACAACGUCACCAAGAACUACGACCGGCUCCAGUGUGAGACGCCGCGGGAGUUUGCCGGGUACCCGCUCCUGGUACCUCGGCCCCACCACAACCGCAAUGCCAUCACCAUCUUCCAGUCCAUGUGCAGAGGCGGCACCAUCCCCUCCCUCUCCAGGGUCAACCCCACCCCUUACACCCCCGACUCCCAGCGAGACUUGGAUGAGGGCUCAGCCAUCAGCCCCGGGGACUUCCUCUCCGUCAAGCCUCCGGCCUCCUCCACCACCGACUCCUCCUUCAGCCCCAGCAUCAAGCUCCACGAUGUCACCAUCACCUCAGCCAUCCUGAUGGUGACCAUCCCCAUGCCCUACAGUAAGAUGUACGUGCUGGUCCAGUACAACAACAGCUAUGUGUCUGACAUUGCGACACUGAAGAGCAAGAAGGAGUACGUCACUGUCAACAAGUUGAAGGCCCACACUGAUUACACUUUCUGUGUGGCCUCCAUCCGCAACAACAGGCGCUACAACCACACUUGCCUGACCUUUGCAACCCGGAGCAAAGGCAGGGAGGACCCCAUUUCCAGUACUUCCACCACCACACACUAUAUCAUGACCACCCUGGGUUGCCUCUUCGGGAUGGUCAUUGUCCUGGGGGUGGUGUACUACUGCCUGCGGAAGCGGAGGAUGCAGGAAGAGAAACAGAAGUCCCUCAAUGUCAAAAAGACCAUCCUGGAAAUGCGUUAUGGAUCAGAUAUUGAUACCAGUACCAUGGUCCAUCCUUCCCAGAAACUGGGUGAGCCACCAGUGAUCCCCGUCUCACGGAUGUCCUCCAUCCCUUCCAUGAUUGGGGAGAAGUUGCCCCCACCAAAGUCAAUGGAGGCUGGUAUGGAGACCCCCAAAGUCACCACUAAAGGCAACUACAUUGAGGUGCGGACUGGUGGUGGGGAUGGUCUGGAACGGACCCAGCGGGAUGAGGACCUGAGGGAGCUUGACAAUGGGCAAGGCUCAGCUGCUGAGAUCUCUACUAUUGCCAAGGAGGUAGACAAGGUCAACCAGAUCAUCAACAACUGUAUUGAUGCCCUCAAGCUGGACACGGCCUCUUUCCUGGGUGGUGGGACUGGCGUAGACUCAGACAUGGCCUUUGAGUGCCAGUCCAUACCUGCCAGUUCCUCGGGUGGGCUAGAGCGGCCCAGCUUUCUUUCCCCACCCUACAAGGAAAGCUCCCACCACCCGUUGCAGCGCCAGCUCAGUGCUGAUGCUGCCGUGGCCAGAAAGACCUGCAGCGUCUCCUCCAGCGGCUCCAUCAAGAGCGCCAAGGUCUUCAGCCUGGAUGUGCCUGACCACCCGCCACUGAGCAAGUCUGACUCCAAAUACAUCGAGAAGGGCAGCCCGCUCAACAGCCCUUUGGAUCGUCUUCCCUUGGUGUCCCCGGGCGCCAUCCACCACUUGGAGGUCAAGCCUUCGUACCACUGCAGCGAGCACCGACACUCCUUCCCGGCCCUGUACUACGAGGAAAGUGCUGACACCUUGAGCCAGCGCGUGUCGUUCCUCAAGCCACUCUCCCGCUCCAAGCGAGACUCCACCUAUUCCCAGCUCUCCCCCAGACACUACUUCUCGGGUUACUCCUCCAGCCCUGAGUACUCAUCGGAGAGCACCCACAAGAUCUGGGAGCGAUUCCGGCCUUACAAGAAGCACCACAGGGAGGAGGUUUACAUGGCGGCUGGGCAUGCCCUGCGGAAGAAAGUGCAGUUUGCCAAGGACGAGGAUCUGCAUGACAUCCUGGAUUACUGGAAAGGAGUCUCUGCUCAGCAGAAGCUGUGACUCUCCCCUAUUCUUUCCAAGGAAACAAUACAAAACAAGACCCCCUCCCCCAACAACCAGAAAGAAAAAAAAAAAUGCCACUUGACUGUGAAAAAUAAACCAACAACAAAAUACUCCCGACAAAUACAAAACUGACAGAAUUGUUUCUUAAAGUUUACAACAACAGAAAAACUCUCACACACACAGACACACACACACACAUAUGCCGAAUUGUCUCUACUGUGUUACGGGGACCAUUGUUCUGCCUGCAGAUGGUUGGGAGGAGAGUCCUGCUCUGACACUGUGGUAACAGCGCUGGAGUGCGGGUGGGUGGCACUGGGAGGGGGUGGCAGUGGUGGCAGGGGAUGGGCAGGGACGGACACUCACCAGGCAUGGAACUCAGCUGUGAACUAUUGCUCUUUCUGUUCCUCUUGCUGCUUGAGAGAUGAUUUUUCUUUUCGGUGGGAGGGGAGAACUUUGGUUUAGAGAGCUUCUCUGCCCACUUCAUACACCUACUUUUCCAAAUUUUCUGUCACAUUAGUUUCCCCCUCCCCCCAUAUCCUUUGGCAGUUGAGGCUUUACUCUCUCUUCUGUCCCCUUCCAAGUUAGGUGGGAUUUGUUGGAAGAAGUUCUCUCACUCCCUUUCCUUUUCCUCUUCCCUACCCAUCUCCCUAGGCUUGCACUUUUCGUCUAGAUAUUUCAGGAACCUCCAUCAUCCUCAGAGGAAGGAGAGUGUGAUGGACAGGAGGUAGACUUACCACACAACAGGCUCUGUGCCCUUGCUGCUCUCCCCUCUCCCCUUCUCCCACCAUGCUAUUGAUGUUGAACACCAGCGAUCCCGGAGUGACAGGCCUGCUCAGAGCCAGUUAUCUGGGGGUAUGUCUGUGCUCUUUUGCACAUCAAGUGAGGUCCUCAAGGAAAGGUGGAGGAGGAGUCAUGAAAGUCCAGUCUUUCAGAGGUGCGAGGGGUUCCUAUGUCUCCAUGGGUGUCAUAGGUCCUACCAUUUCCCACCAUUUGGGUCCUACCAUUUCACACCAUGCACACCCAUGCUGAGGCUGAGCUGAGGAGCAGGUUUGGUACACUGGUUUGCCUCCCUUAUUAUGAGAAAGGGAUGUGGAGAGGAGCUAAGCAGAACAACUUGCACGCAAAGCUUCUGUAGAGCUUCCUGACUGACUUGCAUCAUGUUGGGAGAGGGGAUAGAGGAGCAUCAGACAUCCUCCUUGCUUUCCUCAGGAGAGUUGAAUGCAUAAAUAGGAUUUCUAUUGCUUAGAAAGCACUGGGUUCAUAGAAAAGACACCGAGUGGCUUCCACUUGCAUAGGCUUUGGAUACUUUGGCAUGAAUAGGAGAUAGUGUAGGGUGAAGGCAAAAGCACAGGAAAUAAAAGGGAUGUGAGAGUGGGCCCUGGAGCAGCCCAGGAGGGUUUGCUCCAAAAGAAGCUGCCUUUGAGUGUGCAGCCAUAUGGUGUGCUGGGGUAGAGGAGGAUACUAGCCUCUGGAUAACAGUGUUCCUCUGAAUACUUAAGAGGCUCUUAAUACUUAAGAGUCAGAACAAACUUACCACCUCCUAAAUCCUCCACCUCCUCACAGUUAGCUGUGACAGACUUUUCUUAGGGACUCUUUAACAUCUUGUCAAAAAAAAAAACCACACAACACAAGUUUUC